AUGGUUAAAAAUUGUUAUGCUCCUCUAACAAUUUUUAAUUUUUCUGCCCGGACAGCUCAAAAAACUUCAAAUCCCGAUAUCCUCUGCCUUUGUUCUUUUUCUUACGUGCCUAGAAAAUUACCAGCAGAAUUUAAUGGAUCAAACCAUCUUUCAAAUAAUUUAAUUGAUCGAACCUUGAAUGAAUUAGUUGGACCUUUGCGCAAACUUGCUUUAAAGGAGGAGGAAGUAGUUGCCUUGAAAGCCACCAUUAUUUUGGAUCCAAGUACAUAUAUUUAA